GGCCUUGUUUACCACAAAUCGUGUAGAGCUAGACUUGCAACAUACAAAAACGUGAAGCCAUUACGCGAUGAAAAUAACAAGGAAUUGUAAUCGGUAUUGGUACUGUAUAUAGGUUCCAAAAUUUUUUUCUUAUGAACGAAUACUGAGUGUCCACGUAAGCCUAUGAUUUUAUCAAUAAAUAAAAUGGUCAGUACAGCAAAACUGCGCAUAAUUGAUACGCCUGCAUCUUGGAUGUGGUAAUUUGCCUGAUGCAUGUAAUAAUGGCAUUGCCGGAGGAGGUUGAAGGUCGUAGAAUGGGACCACAUCACGCCAUGGAGUAAGGAAAGCCUGAUAGUUUUCCCCGAUGUACACGUAUGAUCUGUAUUGGUUUCGGGAGGAAGUCACGGUCACCGACGUGUGUAUCUGAUCAACAUAGAAUAGUAUAGAUACCGCGUUUCUCGAAAGGACAUCGUCGUGGCUCAGAGUUGAUGGUGAAAUUCUACGAACCACGUGCACGUAUAGUCACUACACAUUCAACGAGAGUCAGUAGCGUUUGCUAGCUCAACAAGCUCAAUUAGCCUUCGUUCAGACAUGAAAGAACAGAGACUAAAUGUGUUGAGGUCAUAGUCGUAUCAAGCGCAGCCCUGCCAGUACGCCGCGCCAAGAAAUCGUAGGUCACAAGAUGGCGACAGCCGAGACUGAAGAAAUGUCCCGGCUUCGUGUGGAAGGCAGAGACGAAAUAGCAGACGCAGAACGUAAUCAAGGGGACCAAGAUGCAAACAAAGAAUCCAACAAAGUGGAGGCUGAUGGAUUACGAGGCUGGUACUCACGUCAACUUGUGAAGUUUCCUGUUGCCACAGGGAUGUGUGUUGGCUUACUCCUAUUGACAGCUGUUUGUGGCGUCAUUGCUCUCUUUGUGUACGAUCUUCCCGACUUCAGUGAGCCCACAAAGGGGUUCGAUGCACGCGGAACAGACAUCAGUGGGAGAAUGUUCUCAUUUAACAACAUAUAUAGCGAACUCAGCUUAGUGCAUACGAGGAAUGAUUCCAGAACUUCGAUGAACGAGGCGUCACGAUUUGAUAAUUUAACGACUAACCACCGGACUGGAAGAAUAAGAAGAGACGUCACUUCAAACAACUCUGACAUCGAACCUGGCAUACAAUUCUGCAACUUUGAUUUCGGGUUUGGGGGAUCCUAUGGUCAACCAGCGAUUGUGUUUGAAGCUAUCGGCUACAACAAACUGUUUUCAAGCGAAGCUCUAAAAUCUGUUUGCAGUCAGUAUGACAACCACAUUGGAAGAAACUCGGAGAUGCAAGCCCGUUGCUGUAGGAAAUCUAACGGUCAUUGCUCCGACAGUAGAUCGCUUGCCAAUUAUGUAGCUCUUCUAAGCGGCCGAGAUUCGUGUCGAGAUAUUAGAGACUCAGAUGUCGCCAAUGUGAAGAUCUUGCUGGAGAAAUGCGCUCCUUACUACCAGCGGAAAGCUCUUAAGUAUUGUGAGGACGGUAGCUCUGUGUGUCCUCCCGAUGUUCCCUCAGAAUGCUUGGCCUUUGACCACGCUAUUCAUUUUAUUUUUCAGUAUUUGGUACCAGCUACUUUUGCUGCACAAGCUAAUUCAGGGAACUUUGAUCUCAGCUCUACUAUUCUGUUUGUACCAUAUAUCGGUUAUACCCGUGAUAUUUAUGAGUCGGCGUUACAAGGUAAACACAUCAGUGAUGGAAUAACGGUUGUGGUUGCUCUUGGAUUUGGUUCGCUUAAAUAUGCCUUAUUCCGUGAUUUUCUUCUUUCAGAUACAUUGUACAUGGGCUUGGGUGCAGGUUUUGUGUUUGUCAUCAUAUGGAUUUACACAGGAUCUCUGAUUAUCACCAUAAUGACUAUUGUGAGUAUGCUGAUGUCGUUGAUAAUGGCUUACUUCGCUUUUGUGGUUAUUUUCAGGCUGCCCUUUUUUCCAUUUGUGAAUAUAGCAAGUGCUGUGUUGGUCAUUGGCAUCGGUGCAGAUGAUACUUUUGUGUAUGUAGACAUUUGGCGCCAGAUGAAAUCUGCUUAUGCGUCUGCGCCUCCAAGCCUAGUACUACGGAACACCUUAAAUCAUGCUGCGGUCACCAUGUUUGUCACCAGCUUCACCACUGCUUCGGCGCUGUACUCCAGCUUUAUCAGUUCAAUUACAGCUGUGCGAUGCUUUGGUGUGUACGGUGGCACCGCAAUUCUCAUCAAUUUUAUCUUCACUCUGACUUGGCUACCAGCCACCGUUGUCAUUCAUUCACAUUUUCAGGAUUGGUGCGCCAAGUUUACUUACCCUUGCCAAGGUUGUCUCCAGAAGCUCUACGCUGCACACUCAAUCAUUGCUACGGCGUAUCGAAGAGUUUUCGAUUAUAUCUUGCCGACACUAGUGCUCAAGCUAAGGUAUGCGUGGAUUGUGAUCUUGGCCUCUGUCGGCGUGGGUGCUUUCUGUACUAUGUACAUCACGCCAAAGUUACGGCUACCCACUACAGCAGAGUUUCAGGUAUUUCAAGACGAUAAUUUAUUUGAGAGAUAUGACAGCGUUUACAAGUCGAAAUUUUAUUUCAACAUUGAGGAAAAUAAUCCGCUCUUUAUCUCGGCAGUGUUUGGAGUAGAUUCUGUCGAUAACGGGGAUCAUUGGAAUCCAGAUGACACCGGAAGUUUGGUUCUUGAAGAGACUUUCAAUAUAUUUCAUUCUGACGCCCAGCAAUGGCUACUAGAGUUUUGCCACAGUUUUCAUAAGCAGAACUUUUCCGGACAGAGAGAAACCAAUGAAUGUUUUAUGGAUUCUUUCCGAAAAAUAAUGUCAGCCCCUUGUAGUGCUGGCACAGACGCAAUACCUAGUCCUUGCUGUGGGCAAACCAUAUUUCCAUUUCCCGCUGAUCUCUUCGAGAAGUGUGUAAAGAUGAGUCGAAGAUGCGAUUGGGCAACAUCCCUGUGCCCGGGCAACAGCCUACCGUUUACUGGUCCCUUGUUCAGCAAAGUAGACGGUUCAGUGAAGGGCUUUAUGAUGUAUGAGAUAAGCUCCAGGAUGGACACAAUGGAUUUCAAAUCCAUUGACGAGUUUUGGACUGAAAUUAAUGAGUGGUUUGAUCGAAGUCUAAAAACAAAACCUGAAGGUAUCACAGGGGGCUGGUUGUAUGCUGGAAGCACGUGGCAUAGCAGUGGCCAGCAACUCUACUUCUACAAUCUGCAGAAAAGUCUGGCAACUGACACACCAAUAUCUAUGGGAUUGUCCCUGGCCAUUGCAGGUGUGGUACUCCUUCUCACUACACGGAAUAUCCUGAUAUCACUGUAUGCCAUGCUGUCGAUAGCGGGUGCUUUCAGUCUGACUGUUGGAACCUUGGUGCUGCUUGGCUGGCGCCUUAAUAUCUUCGAAUCAGCUAUCUUGACCCUAGCGAUAGGUCUUUCGGUAGACUUCACCAUUCAUUAUGGGGUGGCUUAUCGCUUAGCACCGUCUAAUCUGAGAGAAGAUAGGACCCUGAGCUCACUGACUGCGGUAGGUUCAGCUAUCGCUAUUGCUGCUUUUUCAACAUUUGUAGCUGGUGCACUGAUGAUGCCUUCUAGUGUUAUUACUUACGUCCAGUUGGGUAUUUUCCUCAUGCUUGUAAUGACAAUGAGCUGGAUCUAUGCAACCUUUUUUUUUCUUUCCAUCUGUCGUGUUAUUGGGCCGCAGGGUCAGUGUGCCCAGAUUCCCUCCCCUCUGAGUUGCUUUUAGUCAACUCAUGUUGACUCAAAUUAGAUGUGUCGUUCUAAGGGUGAGAUGAAGAAACUGACUAGAAACAGCUGGUUUUCAUUCCCAUUUCUUAUUCAUAUCUGUCUUAAGAAGAUUUAGACCAAACUUUCAACGUGACCAACAACAAGGGAUUCAGUCUAAUAUAUGUCAUUCAUUCUGUUAAUCAAGAAAGACCUACCAAAUAAAGAGACGAUCUAAGUUAAAAGUCAUUUGUGAGAAAAUUAAAGUUUGAAGAAUUCUAUGUGUAUAUAUACUUAAGCUGCAACUACAGUUACUGACAAAAAUGUGAGUGAAUUAUAAAUCGCAAGAGAGAGAGCCUCUAGCUCGCUUUAAGAAAUGAGAUUUGCUUGUUUUUUUACGUUUUACCUGGUGUUAAUAUCUUCACUCCAUUUUCCACAACGACUGAAAAUGUAUCAGGUUAAAUGUAGGGGUUAUUGGUUGACUCUACUUGCAUAAUUAUUAACUUUUCGAUGUAUUCAUAGUCGAUUUUCCCAAUUUGCCGAAAUAAAUGUUUUCAGAUUCUAAAUUCACUAUUUGACGUCAACAGUCGCGACAGAGAUCAUGUUUGCUCGUUUUUAUUACCGUUAUUAAUUACAUUUAUUUGGUAAGCUUAAGAAAUAUUGGUUCAUAAACUAUGGGUGGCUGUCUUUAAAAGAAAACCAGCGAUUUAAUAUGUUUUUUAAUAUCUAACACAGCUAUCGAAACUCGAAAAAAAAAAUAAUUACUGGUAAAAAAAUACCACAAGUAACUGCAAGUACCUCCCUCAAUAAAUAUGCUAGGGCAGGUGUGCAUUUUGAGGCAACAAUUGUCACUAGUCAAGGGUUAACUUUAUGCAAACAUAUAUGUUUCUAUAUUACAGAACAAACAGACAUACAAUAAAUGUCACCGAAUGUACAUUUACAAAAUAGGUAAUCGUGCAAUGGAUAGACGAAACGACGAUUAUCAAGAGACACAUCAUUACUGAUGCCUAGCACCUGAAACGUCUCAUGAACAAUUUAAUCGCACACAACCUUGUAAAUAAAAUAUAAAUUAGCUUAAUUUAAUAUAUCAAGGUAUGACUUUUAUGCGUCAUGUUAGAAUGUUUGUAUUUCACAUGCUUAUAAUGCUUUGAAAGAUGUAUAAAGUAUAUAUGUAGACUAAAACUGUGUUUAUCUGCCCAAUUUGUAGUACACCCUCACCGCCAAAGCACCCCUAUUCAGUCCGCAAUAACUUACUACACACGGCACUUCAUUUCGUUUAUUUGGAUAAACUGGAGAAGUAUUUUCUUUCAAAUCUGAUCUCGUUUAUUUUUUGUAAAAUUCACUUUUUCAGAAUUUGUUUCAAAUUUUGUGCAACUGCGUUCAUUCUGUGUCUGAUCAAUUUUCAUUUAUCAGGUUAUCUCCGUGAACUUUAUUUGUUUGCAUUUUGUUAAAAAUAA